GACUAUCCCCAAAUCCAUAGAAUAAAGGAUCAUUCUCAUUCUAAUCUAAUCCAAUACUAAAAACAUGGCGGCGUCUCAUCAUCUGACUGCUGCCAAACACCUGGAUAAAGGAAAUGGUUUGAUUUUAUAUUUGAAUAAUUAUUCUUUUUACGCACAGAAGGUCAUCAUGGCACUUUUGGAAAAAAGAUUGCCAUUUAAAUCCCACGUUAUCAAUAUUGCAAAGGGUGAGCAGUAUCAACCUUGGUUUUUAGAAAUCAAUCCCCGUGGCGAAGUACCAGUGCUUAAGGAUGGUAUUAAGGUUAUUCCAGAUUCUGCAAGAAUCAUUGACUAUCUAGAGGACAACUUUAGUAACAAUGGAGAUACUCGACUGAUACCUCUAGAUCUGGGAGCAGAGACUCGUCAAAAAGUCAUACACUUCCGCAACAUCAUAGACCCUGUGCCUGCCAAUGUAGUGACAAUCGGGUCGUUCUACCAUCCCAAGUUUGUUGGGAAACCAAAGGCUCCUUUUAUUGGUCCAGUGCGGAAAGUUCUGAAAGCUGCUGAAAACAAGAAUGCAUCCAACCUUAGAGCUCUUGCAGAAAAGUAUCCAAAAAUCAGACAGAUUCUGCUGGAAAAGGCCGAUUUGCAAGAAAAGAAACACCAGAUCAUCACUGAUGAAGCGGCUUAUGUUAAACUUCUAGACCAAGUUGAUUCUGCUCUUCUGGAAGUGGAGAAAGAACUUUCAUCUCGUAACGAAAACGACCCUCGAUGGUUAUGCAGUGAGGGAUUCACUGUCGCUGAUAUUAGCCUCACCAUUCUUCUGGACAGACUGUACCUACUGGGGUUAGAAGACAGGUUCUGGUCAGGCGGGAAAAAACCAGGGAUAGCACGGUAUUAUGCAAGAGUGUGCCAAAGAGACUCGUACAAACAAACCGUCCCAUCCGGGAUGACUCAUCUCAAGACGUUCUUAGAGAUGCAGUCAGGCCUAGUCAUCGGAACUGUCAUAUUCACAGCCAUAGCUGUCAUCAUAGGAGGGUUCCUCUUUCUCAAGAAGAAAUGAGUUUUGCUCAACCAGAUCUCUUGCUGGUCCAUUCCAGUAGGAGAUGCUGUACUUAGACUGAAUUUGUCAUGUUUCAUUUUUACAAAUAAAAUAAUUUAAAGUUUUUA